GAUUAUUUACGCAAACAAAGCUGACAUUACUAGCCAGUUCUAUGCAAGUACUGAUCCAGAAAAUCCAUUUGUUUAUAUUCCUGAGGAACCGUCCGGAGGAGGGACUUUGAUUAUUUCAAAAAGGGAUGAUACUCUUAGCGUUUUAUUUCCAACAAGUGGUAUCUCUCUGAAUAUAUCCUUGAGCGUGGAAAUGCUUUCUUUAAACACCGGGGUGCCAAAGGUAUUACAAGGGCUGACGACUGGAUUGUUGGGAAACUAUGAUGGUAAUCCCGAGAAUGACUUUACAAUGCCAAAUGGAACUGUCCUCCAAGGAAAUCUUACGGAACGAGAGGUUUUUGAAUACGGAAAGACAUGGUCGAUCAAUUCAAAUGAUUCUGCAUUUAUUUAUGAAGAUGGCAAGUCGCAUUUUGAUUUCCAUAAUGACUCUUAUAUUCCACGGUUUCUUGAUGAAGCUGAUCCUAACAAAAUAUCGGAAGCGGAAAAAGCUUGUAACGGCUCACAAAAUAUCGAAUGUAUUUUCGACCUCGUAUUUACUGAGAAAAUGGAAAUAGCUAAUCAAACAAGCAUCAUCAGAGGGGACUCAGACUCUACAACGGCUGAACUCGAAAUUACAGUGCCUACACUUUCUGGAUGUGAGGACAUAUAUGCUACGAAAGGUCAAAAUGUAAACUGCCGCUUAAAUUUUAAUUCUGGUGAUGAAGUCUACUUCCUAGAAAACAGUGUUGAUGCAAAGAUAAAUAUUUCAUCUUCAUCAGUCACAUACUUCCAAAAAAGCGAUGACCCUGUGAAGAUUCGCAUCGCAACGAAAAACAAAAAUGGUCGCUCAUCACCAAGUUUCGUGUUGAAUAUCGUUCUUUGUACACUGUGUAAUGGUCAUGGCGUGUGCAGCAAUGAAGCACGUGAGAAUAAAUUUGGUGUAGACAAUUUUAAAUAUGCCAAAUGUAUUUGUGAGCCGGAAUAUCAAGGAGACGAUUGUGAGAAUGAUUUUGACGGAUGCGCUGCAAAUCCAUGUUCACUACAAAGAACUUGUCAGUCUCUUACAGCUGACGAGCAGAAAAAACAAAAUAGGACAUAUACUUGUGGAUCGUGCCCAAAAGGUUAUACAGCAGAAACCGAAAACGAAUGCAAAGAUUUUGACGAAUGUGCAGAUAAUGAAGAUAUUUGUGAUCAAGUCUGCACUAACACAGAAGGUAGUUUUGAGUGCUCGUGCAGAGGUGGUUAUAAGGUGGAUAGUGGAAACAAAAGCAAGUGUAAAGACAUCAAUGAAUGUGACGUAGCCUUACAUAAUUGCACGCAUGAAUGUGUGAACAACGAAGGAGGAUUCUUGUGUCAAUGCUUUACGGGGUUCAAAUUUGAUUCUUCUACAUGGACAUGCAUAGAAACUUCCGAUGAGGGAAGUUGCACCGACACAGAAAAGAUAGCAUGUAUUGGCUCAUUUGGCUGUAGGAAAAUUGAUGGAAUACCCGAAUGUUUCUGUACUGACGGAUUUGAACUCGAUGAAACUAAAACAGUUUGCAAAGACAUAGAUGAAUGCAACAGAGGUGUUUGUCCACAUGACUGUGUAAAUACUAAUGGAAGUUUUGAGUGUGUUUGUUUCACCGGAUAUAAACUUUACGGUUCGACUUCUUGUAAAGCGUGUGCCAUUCCCUAUUGGGGAGGAAACUGUGCAAACAAAUGUGUCUGUACAGGCCGUGGUGCAGAUAGAUGUGAUCCAAUUAAAGGUUGUAUAUGCAAACCUGGUUGGCAGGGAGAAAAAUGUGAUAAUGAUAUUAAUGAAUGUGUUGCAACGGUAGAACAAUGUCACGAUCCAUUGAAAACUUGUGUCAAUAGUCUAGGUUCUUACACAUGCUCUUGUCGCUCUGGAUAUCAACUGACAGAUGAACAAAAAUGUGAAGACAUAGACGAAUGCACUGAUCCGCAGCUCAAUGAUUGUGAGCAGAAUUGUACCAACGCUGUGGGAAGUUAUUCCUGCAAAUGCAAAGACGGAUAUACGAGGCUAAAUGGAACAUCCUGCACAGAUGUAGACGAAUGUGCAUUGGGUUUGGACAAGUGUGAGCAAAGAUGUAUAAAUAAUCCGGGUUUUUAUUCAUGCUUCUGUUAUUUUGGGUACUCUGUCAAUGAUGAUAGACGUACUUGUGCUAAAUUGUCUGACCCAUGCUUGACUAUCAAUAACUUGACAUGCUCACAUUUCUGUGUGUUGGCAAGUGAAGAUGCAUCGUGUGCUUGUAUGAAAGGCUUCACUUUGGAUCCUGAUAACGAAACGUGUUCAGAUAUAAAUGAAUGUGAGAAUGAUGCAGACAAUAAAUGCCAUGAAAAUGCUACGUGUAUAAAUACGGCUGGGUCGUAUAAUUGCGAGUGUCCAGUAGGUACACAACUUGAAAAUGACGGCAGAACUUGCUCAGAAUGUGAUGACUAUCACUAUGGCAAGAACUGUUUGCAUGAAUGCAGCUGUCUUAAUGGAUAUUGUGAUAACAUAAAAGACCAGGGGACAAUCCCAUCGUUUUUUUAA